AUUGUUAUGACACGAAGCAAAGUUGUUGUUUGCUUAUGUUUGCGUUUGAAAAAAAGUAAAUAAGCUAGCGAAAAUACGUUUGGCGAUAUUUGUACAGUUUUUAGGAUGAAUUCCUUGAAAACUUUGAUUACGGAAAAAGAAGGAGAGAAAGGAUAUUCUCGACAAUAUGUCAAAGUUACUGACACAACAGAAAAUGGAGUCGUUUGCAUUGAUUCAGAUUUGGAUUCUAAUGGGAAAUUCAGGGGCAUCACCCAUUUACUGAGUUCAGUUUUUUUACCCCAAGGAUACCCUUCAUCAGUCAGUGAUGACUAUUUAGAGUACCAAAUCUGGGAUACAAUUCAGGCUUUCGCUAGUAGCUUAUCAGGAUCUUUGUCAACGAGGGCUAUACUAGAAGGAGUCGGAGUAGGAAGCAGCACUUCUACUCCUUUGGCUGCUACAUUAAUGUGGUUGAUAAAAGAUGGUACUGGAAUGGUUGGCCGAAUACUGUUUGCUUGGUGCAAUGGCACCAAGCUAGAUGCAGAUAGUAAGAAAUGGAGGUUUUUUGCAGACCUUCUCAAUGACUGUGCUCUAAGCCUAGAAUUAUGUGCUCCUUAUGCUGUAGCGGCAGUUGGAGGAUCUAACGGAACUAUGACUAGUAUUCUUUGUGUUGCUGGGGUAGCCAAAUCGAUUGUUGGAGUAGCUGGAGGUGCAACAAGAGCAGCUUUAACCCAACAUCAGGCCCGACAAGGGAAUCUUGCCGAUGUAUCGGCCAAGGACGGAAGCCAAGAAACCCUGGUGAAUUUAGCUGCCCUAAUAACUAGUCUUUGGCUUUUACCUAUUUUAGAUGGCGCUACAGGGUUGACAUGGUUAAUGUUUUUCCUCUUUACGUUGUUGCACGUCUUCGCUAACCUGAAGGCUGUAAAAGCCGUCACCAUGGAAACUCUUAAUAGGGCUAGAUAUAUGAUUAUUUUGAAGCAGUUUGCCUCAACCAAAUAUGUGGCGUCCGUUAAAGAAGUUAACCGACUUGAACCCGUCAUCAUAGGACUCAUUCCGACUGAGGAGGAUUUGUGCGGUUACCGAAUACAACUUGGAUGCUCAAUCAAGGCUGUUGCAUCCCAAAGUAUUUUUGAAAAGCAUUUGGCUCAUUAUUCUGAACGGAAUUUUGCUGUGAUUCCUGAUUCGCUCACUAAAACUAUCUACGUCAUCUAUCGGCGAGAUUGUACGGUGGAAGAUAUGCUGGAAUCUUACUCGCAGGCUGUUCUAUCUGCCAUGCUUUCUUCCGGAUAUUCGAUUAUGGAUUUGGACCCACCGCUCGACGGUGAUAUCUCGAACGCGCUGAAUCAACUGGAGAAAAGUAGCUAUUGGAAAGAGCUUCAGCAGGGUCUAGUAAAUCAAGGUUGGAAUCUGGGUCAGUCGCUGUUAGCCCCAGGCGAAUGGAGAGCAUCAUGGUGAAAAUUGGACAAAAAAAAAUCAUUAAAGCGGGAAAUUUUAAAUACAUUUUUUAAAACUGGA